GGCUCUGCCUGCACUCAGUUCCACAGCGACACAGGCGAACCGUUUCUUCUCACUCCAGGAAGCAUCCAGUGUAGCCGAGACUGUCGCAGCCCAGUGAGGAGCCCAGGAUGUUCCUGAAGGCUGUGGUGGUGACCCUGGCCCUGGUGGCUAUCACCAGCACCCGGGCUGAGGUCAGUGCGGACCAGGUUUCCACUGUGAUGUGGCAAUUCUUCACUCAGCUGAGCAACAACGCCAAGGAGGCUAUGGAGCAAGUCCAGAAGUCAGACAUCACCCAGCAGCUCAACACCCUCUUCCAGGACAAACUUGGGGACAUGAAUACAUAUGCAGAUGACCUGCAGAAGAAGCUGCUGCCCUUUGCCAUAGAAAUGAACGAGCGCCUGACCAAGGAUGCAGUAAAGGUAAAGGAAGAGAUUCAAAGGGAGCUAGAGGACCUGCGUACCCGCAUGAUGCCCCACGCCAACACAGUGAGCCAGACAUUCGGGGACAGCGUGCAGAAGCUGCAGCAGCACCUGAUGCCCUAUGCUACAGGGCUGCAAGCCAAGGUCAACACACAGGUCCAGGAACUGAAGGACCAGCUGACCCCCUACAUGCAGCGCAUGCAGACCACAGUCCAGGAGAACAUGGACAACCUGCAGGCCUCAAUGACACCCUAUGCCAACGAGUUCAAGGACAAGUUUAACCAGAAUGUGGAAGAGCUCAAGGGGCACCUGACCCCCCGUGUGACCGAGCUGAAGGCCACCAUCGACCAGAACCUGGAGGAUCUGCGCAGCAGCCUGGCCCCUCUCGCGGAAGGUGCGCAGGAGAAACUCAACCACCAGCUGGAGGGCCUGGCCUUCCAGAUGAAGAAGAACGCCGAGGAGCUUCAGACCAAGGUCUCCGCCAAGGUCGACCAGCUGCAGAAGAAACUGGCCCCGCUGGUGGAAGACGUGCACAGCAAGCUGAGAGGCAACACCGAGGGGCUGCAGAAGUCUCUGGAAGACCUGAACAGCCAGCUGGACCAGCAGGUGGAGGAGUUCCGGCGCACCGUGGAGCCCUUGGGGGAGAUGUUCAACAAGGCUCUGGUGCAGCAGAUGGAGCAGUUCAGGCAGCAGCUGGGCUCCAAUCCGGGGGACGUGCAAGGCCACUUGAGCUUCCUGGAGAAGAACCUGAGGGAAAAAGUCAGCUCCUUUAUGGGCAGCCUAGGGAAGAAGGAGAGCCCAGACCAGCCCCUGGCCCUCCCCCUCCCCGAGCAAGUCCAGGAGCAGAUGCAGCCCAACCCCGUGGAGAGCUGAGCUGUCCCUGGUGCCCUCAACCCGUCAGAGCGGCAGACACCUGCCCUGCCCCACCACCUGUCUGCCAAUCUGUCCCGAAGCACUCCUUGUACAUGCUUGAGGACACGUGUCCCGCAGAAGAUGAUGCCUCAUCUCGCUACUCAAUAAAGCUACUGAGAAAUUA